AUACCUAACACAAUGUCAGUAGUGUAUAAAUAAUUGUUACACUGUGUUGCUUAGGGAAUAAUGAUAAGGGAAAAAAUGAACACAUGCAUUUGAAAAAAUAUUUUCCCUUCUAGUUGGUUGAAUCCUAGAAUACAGAACUGCACACAGGAGCUCUGACUGUACUACUCUUUCUGCAUUUUAUGUGUGUGGUAACUUGUGUAAUGACAUACAGCUAGGAAGUUGUGUAACCAAAUUUUGAACUUGGCAGUGGAUUGCAGGAUCUCCACUUAACAUUACUUCAGUGCCUUCAGCAAAAAUACUGGUGGUGAAGAUGCAGGUAUUUUCUUAGAUUUAGAUUCCAGAAAGGAGAAACGUGACAGAGUGCUGGAUUAAGUGAAUAUAUUGUCCUAGUGGUUUUCAGACUGUGAGCCCUGGUAGCAAAGAUUAGCUUAUAUUUUGUAUUGUGUGCUAAAGUUUUUUUUUUUUUUUGUAUUUUUUCACACAUUCUUAGACUGAAGGAAUCUUCUAGGCUGGAGGAACAGAUGAGGGCAGUGAUUACGUCUUGGCUUAGUAAAGCAGUGCUUUCUUUUUGGGAUAGCACUGAGUGAUUAUCAAUGAUUCUCUUUUAUGUGGGUAUUAAAACAUUGAACAAGGAGGCCAGAAACCUGUUUCUGAUGUGAUUUGGUAAGGUAAAUGAUUCAUCUACUUUACUCAUUAAAACAGGAGUAAAAAAGUUAUUAUUAACUGUUGUAUACUUUAAAGCUUGUCAGUUUUUUGUCCUUCUUUAAGAUUUAGUAUAAGCUUUUUUUGUAGCAGUGAAAUGAGUGCUUCCUGAAUAACCUAAACUCUAAGAAUGGUCAAUACUAGCUUGCUUUGUUUAGGAGUAAUUAUAUUAGUCACAAAAUCCUGAUGGGACAAAUACAAAUGCAGGAAGGUAGCAGCAAGUUUCUCCCAAUUCCCUUGAUUUGCUUUAGUGCCUUGUGAAUAAAAGGGAAAAAAGGCUUUUCCUAAUUAUUUAUAGAUGGUGAUGUCUUAGUUAUUUUUCUUGUUUUUAGGAUAAAAUACCCAACACACCAAGUUAAAGGCGGAAAGGUUUAUUUAGAUCACAGUUUGUAGAGGUUUCAGUCCAUAAUUGGCUGGCUCAAAUGCAGGAUGGCAUGGAAGAUAAGCAUUGCGGAGGAGAAACAGUUCAUGGUGAGCAGAAGGUGGCAAAGUAAAAAGAGAUAAUCACAGCUUUUUCUAUGCAUUAUAUCUCAUGCAUACUACUGAGGGCAGGUACCAUUCACACCCUUAAGCCCAGUGCCCUUGACCCUAGCAUUGCACCUUGAAUCAAUUCCAGUGCUACACACUCUAGAUCCAGCCACCUCUGAAAAAACCAUACCUAUGACGGAAUGAGACUUUGGGGGGCAUCUAAGCACAAGCCAUAACACUCAUAAAAAUAUAAACAACAGCAAAAUGAACCUAACCAAGAUUUAUAGUUAUUAUAUAACUUGCUUCAAAAAUAUCCCUCAACUUUUUUCUAUUUUUGGUUAGAUUAAAUAUAUUGUAUCCGAUUUGUAUCAUUUGACCCACUGACUAUGGCUUAAAUAAUUAAUAUACUUUUUACAUAUUAAUAUACUUCUCAUCAUUCCAAACUGAAACUUCUCAUAUGAAACAACAACUUUCCAUUAUUGCCUUCUCCAGACCCUGAUAAUCUCUAUUCUACUUUGUCUAUGCAAUUUUCUGUUCAAGGCAUGUCAUAUAAGUAGAGUCAUACAAUAUGUAUUAUACGUUUGUAUCUGGCUUAUUUGACUUAAUAUAAUAUAAAUAUGAAGACGUUUUGCUUUUUCAUCUCUUUUUUUCCCCUCCUCAGAAUGAUCAGUAACACUUAGGAUUGACAUAUCAAUUUUCUGUCUUAUUUUUUUGGUAUGAAUAGAUUCAUCUUUUCGAAACAUUUAAGCUAAAUGGAAUCAUAUAGAAUGGCAUCUGUCACACCUGACCUCUUUCCCUUGGCAUGGUGGUCUUGAGAUUUGUUUGUUUGUAGCACGGAACAGUAGUAGAACUUUAUACUGCUGAAUAGUAUUUUAUUUUGCAAACCAUAAGUUGUUUAUCCAUUCACCAGCUGAUGGAUGUUUGGGUUGUUUUUAGUUUUUGGCUCUUAUGAGUAAUGCUGCUAUGAACAUUUACAUACAUAUCUUUGUGUGGGUUUAUGUUUUCACUUCUAAUUUCGUUUCUUAUCUAAAAGGACAGUUCUUAAGUUAUAUGGAAAUUUAUGUUUAAUCUUUAUUUAAAAUUGGGCUUAAAUGAAACUGAUGUUUAACCUUUAGAAACUUUUGAGGGUGUCUUCCACAGCAGAAGCACCAUUUUAUAUACCUUACUUGCAGGCACUAUCUGAGAGUUCCAGUUUCUCUGCAUCUUUCCCAACGUUUGUUAUUAUCUUUCUUUUUGAUUGUAGCCAUCAGUGGUAUCUAAACUCACCAUUACAGUAUCAUGUAGUUUUUCUUAUAUACUGUGGUUUAACUUGCAUUUCUUUGAUGACUAAUGAUUUUGAGUAUUUUAUCGUGGCAUUUAUUAGCCAUAUGUUGAAAUAUGUAUUCAGAUAUGUAUGUCCUUUUAGUUUGUCCCAUAAAACUUCCAGACUUUUGUGGAUUAAAUGAAAGCACUUAGUAAAUGAAAAGCACUUAGUAUAUUUUCUUUCUUUGUUUUCUUCUGAAGACUUUUUUUUUUUCAUUUGUUACAGCCUCCAGCGUAGUUGACCUAUCAUAUUUAGAAUUUCAGGACUUAGGAAAGUGAUUCUUAGGAGACUGUGGUUCAAGUUUUUGUCCAUUUAGCUAGUCAGCAUCCCUUUGGGCAGAACCCACAGAUGGGGCUCACUGAUUCUGACCAGUGUAUGCUUCUGAUCUCUGAAGUGACAAAAUGAGAACCCAUUAGUGAACAUUAUGACUACUGAGCUAUUGGAAAAGCCACUGAUGAAGAGGUUUUUGUUACUCUGUCAGGGCCAUUCAGAAAAUUAGCCAACGGUAUAAUGCCAAUAUGAAGCUAACAGCCAGAAUGAGUUUUCUACAUUAAAAUUUCUAAUUGAGCUUGGUGUUUAAUUUUUAAAAUUAUAACCCAGUAUGUUUCAACUUACGUGUACUUUUUGCCACUGAAGAAUGCUUUAAGGCAACCAAUAUGCAGCCCCUGUCAAGCUCUUACCAUACUUUCCAAAGCCUUAGAUUGGAGGAAGGGAUUUUGGGGAUGUUUAUAGGUCAGCAGCGAGGCCAGCUGUGGCUAGAGCAGAAUGAUAGCAAAUGGAUGAAGAAAGAGUCUAGGGGCCAGGUCAUGGAGAUUUGAGUUCCAGAAAGAACUUGAGUUUCAUUCUAAGUGUGAUAGGUGGACUUAGGAGGUUAUAAUAUGGUCCAUCUUGUGUUCUAGAAAGAUCUUGCAGGCAGCAAGUUGGAGAAUUAGGUGUAGUAGGGCAAAGAUGUUUGCAAGGAGACCAGUUAAGAGGCUGUUACAAUAAACAGGUCAGGUCAGAGGCAGGAGCAUCUUGGAAUGGGGUGGUGACAUCAGAGGUGGUGCUCAGAUGCUGGGUGUUUUGGUCAGUGGAGCCCUACAUGAUUAAUUUGGAUGUAAACUAUGAGAGAAAAGUCGAGAAUAAUUUCCCAGUGUGGUGAUGGAUGCCUGUGAGCCCAGCACUCAGGAAGCUGAGGCAAGAGAAUCACUGUGAGUUCAAGGCCAGCCUCAGCUACAGACUGUCUCUACACUCUCUCUCCAAAUAAAAACGUCUUUGACUUGAGUGAUUAUGUGAAUGAUGGCAGUAUUUUCUGAACUAGAGAAGGUUUGGGAAGGAUUAGGUUUGUGGAAAAUUGACAUUAUAAAUGAAUGGCUUAAUCUUUAGUGCAAAGACAAGAUGAUACAGACAGUUCAUGAAUGUAUUCUCAUAAAAAAUCAUAACAUAGAAAGGUAAAUACAAAGUAAAACACCUUCAGUCCUCCUUCCCUUCCUUUUGUCCUGUGCCAGGGAGGAAUUCAGGGCCCCUCCACAUGCUAGACAUGUGCUAUAUUACUGAGGUAAGCCUGUAGCCCCAGAACUCCCUUUCCUUAAUCAUUUUGCUUUGCUUUUUUCCUUUCUCUUUUCUGCAAAUUUGUUUUCAUAAAUGGCAUUAUACUAUAUGGCUUACUCUGUUUCAUUUUUCCACUAAUACUAGGUCUUAGAAUUCUUCCAUGUACAUACUGCAGUCCUUUUGAUCAUUUCAGAGGGUUCUGUUGUAUGGGUUUAUUUACCCAGGCUCUACUGGUGAAUUUUUGGAUUAUUUCAGUUUUUCCAGUUAUAGAAAGUAUUGUAGUGAUUGUUUGCACACCUGCCUUUGUGUGUGGGUCUUACCAUUUCUAUGGGAUUGAUUCUUUCAUGUGAAAUUGUUGCUGACUUCAGUUUUUACAGUCUUUUUGACAUCCUUUGUUUAGGUCUUUUAUAUCCCUGUAGCAAGUUGCUGCUGGUGCUCCUUUGCAUGUGUUAGAUUAUGUUUUCAAAACCUAACCUUUUAUCUCAAAUUGAAAGCAUCCUGGACAGCCCUCUUGUUUAAGGACUGAUACUGAUUCUAAAAGAAUCAAGGUGGAAGAAAGGAGGGAGAUAGAGAGGAGGAGGGAGACAGAAUGAGUGAGAGAGAUUACAGUGAAUUAGAUGUGUCCCUAUUGGUCUUGAUGCUAACUGACAUCCUUUCUGAGCUGCAAGUUCGUCUAGGUAAAAUGGGAGGUGGACAGUUCUGUGCCCAUAUUUAAUAGUAUGUUCCAAACUCAAAUUAUAGGGACUCAGCAGGAAAUCAUGUUUGUUAGGGUGAGAAAAGCAAUAUUAGUGGCUAGAGGAAUUUUUACAAAUGAGAGUCAGUGGGGUUUACACAUCUUUGUAGAAAUCCGGAGUGGAGGAAGAGAGGAAAUUGUAAGGAAAACAGCUUGGCAGUGUGGGCCAGAAGCUGUCACGGCAUGUUUAUAUCUGGCUCGGUUCACCUUCAUUGGAAGGCACAGAAUGCUGCAGAGGGAGACCAGGCUCUAUGUGCUAUAUUUAGAAAGAGGAGAUUCCUGGGGUUGGUGGUGUGUGUGUAUGUUUUCUUUGCCCAUGGACAAAGGUUUGGGGCUUGGGAAUUCUAGACCAUGCCUUGUUAACUUGCUGGCUUCUCUGUGCCAAGCCAGUAGCUACACUUUGACUCUGGCUGCUGCCACACAGGAAAAGCCAAAAUAAACGUUGCUUUGUAUGGUUUGUAAAGACGUCACAGGUAGCUUUCAUCUGAUCUUGCUGUCAGAUCUACUUUUAAGCCUACUCCAGGCUAAUUGAAAUCCUCAGAAAAUAUGAACUCACUCCUCCUGUGAGACUUUAGAUAGAUUUUCAGGUGCUGAGUUGAACUCUGGCUGUUUCUGUGCCAAGGACACCAUCAAGUAGGUGGAAACAAAAAAAUAGCAAAUUUCUGACUGUGUAUCUCAUUAUUACACUUUAGGGCAGGUGUGGACAACGAAUAUCAGUUGAACAAAUAAAAUUAAAACAUUUAAUUUGAUUUAUAUCUAUGUUUCUCUUUUGAAAGCUGAUCUAAAUAUAUAAUACCUAUAAGUGGUACAGGAUUCAAAAGAGACAAAAAGGCAUGUAUCCCUCUAAUAAUUCUUGUCCCUGCAUCUCCUGUUCUACUGGAGGCAACAUUUUACCAGUUUCUUCUAUAUUGUUUGGUUAUAAUUUAUGCAUGUGUCAGAAAAAAAUGUCUGUAUAUGUUUACAUGUUGAUAUUCGUAUAUAAAUAUAUAUACUAUGUAUAUGUAUAUAGAACUAUAUGUAACUUUGAGAGGAUGCCAUAUAUAUUGUUUCACACUUUGUAACCUAUUUUUGACAUUCUACAUUAGCAUUUACAGAGGUAACGCCUGCGAAUUUGUAUUGUAUCCCUUGUAUGGGUAUGACAUAGUUUAUGUAAUUACUUUCCUCAUGGUAAAUAUUUAGAUUUUUUUUUUACCAUAUAAGCAUUUUUUUUUUUACCCUAUAAGCAUUAGUGCUAGUAACAUCCUGGCAUUUCUGGGACACAUAAAUGAAUAGAUUUGUAGGUUGAAUUCUUAGAAAUGGGAUUGCUCAGCUAAAAGGUACUAUAUAUACAGUCUUCAUUUCAAUAAAUAUUUCGUACAAGUGUUUUUAAAAGUUGUAGGUGAACUGAAUUUUAUAAAUCAUGAUUUUCACUGUUUGAAUUUAUUAUAGAACAUUUUGUAAAGUAACAAUACUUAGGAUUUUCUCCAUUUCCUUCUCCCGAGUUUAAAUGCUAAUUUGGGGAUUAAAAACCACCACCAAAAUCAUUCCCUAAAAUGCAACUCAGCAGUAUCUAAGCAUUGCCGAAAUAUAGGACCCUAAAGAACUUGUUUGUGUUCCUAGUGAUGGGCCUCUUACAUUUUUAUCUUUGUACAAUGCUUGCAUAUUUUAGGAGGCUUGGCCAGUGUCAGAGAGGGGUGAUGUCUUUGCCUGUGGCUUGGGCUUGUUGACAUGCCUGCUCUGUGGGAAGCCUCCCUUUGGGCCUUAGGAUUCCUGGCCCUCAUGGUGAGGCAAGGGGGUGUUUUGUCUGAUAUCACUCCAUCCUGUUUCUCCCAUAGAACUUGGCACUUUCUCCUAUGGAGGACAGAUUAUGCUACUUGUUCUCCACAGUAUAUUCCAGGGCCUGUGACAGUGUCUGUUGGUACAGAAGGCUACGUUGGUGGGGUUUCUGGGAUGCAGCAGGCUGAUCUCAUGUUCUGGGUAUUUAUUCUCCUAGGAGGAGACGGUGGAGGCAGAAACACAGGUGGUCCACAGCACAUGAUGGUUGCUGGCAGGUUGGCAGGGUAAUUGAAGAGAUAACAGAGGUCUUUGGGAAAGGUUGGUAAUGGUUUAUCAAGCACAAGAAGGUUCUUUUUGAUGAGUCAUUGGUAGAUCACCUCUGUUAUUUUUUUGCCUCACCUUUACCUCUGCUUAUUUGCUACGAAAAAAAAAAAUUAAAAAGCAUUUAUUUUACAAGAGAAGUUUAUAGUAGUGAGAAAUCACAAGUUUGAUUUGUUUAGCAAUUUUUUCUAAAAUACCUUCAAAUAGUCUUUGAAUCAUGGUCAUUACAUUGAAAAAUACUUGUCAUUACAGACAUUCCUUCAUUUAGUAACUAUUUAGUAACAAGAUACGGGUUGUCAUUAAAUGAAUUGGUCACUAAAUGAGGAACUGUUAUAGUAUGUACAUUAUAAUAUUCAACACAAGUGAUCAAAAGAGACUUCAACUUGAUGAUUUUGUUUUUAUUUGCUUAGCUCUUACAUGCAGUACUAUAAUGUGUAACAACAUAAAACUACAGUAUCAUACAGUAUAAUCAGCAAGAACUACAGUGCUGUAUUAAUAAGGUAUACUAUACCAGAAGAAAAUAAUGAGGCUCUAUAAGUAAGGUGUACAGAACUAUACAAAAAAAGAUGGAUCAUAAGUCUGAGUGGCAGGUUUUAAGUCAGAACAGACAUUAAACAGAUCUUAAAUGAGGAAUGCAUGUGUAUUAAAAUAAUCCCAUAUUUUACCAUUGAUGUGAGAUUUGUUCUCUGCAUAACUGUCCCAAGGUGGACAUAUUUGAGAGUAGACACCAUCUGGCCAUGGCACAUGGGGGAAAGAGAGGGAGUGUGCUUUACAGACUAGGGUACAAGUAGCUACCUGGGCAGGUUGCUCUGUACCAGUGAGUACUCUUCCCUGAAAGUCUGCUUUAUUGUUUGAAUAUUUAAGCAGACAACUGAUAAAUUAUAGAGUAGAAUGCAAGGUGCAGUGACAUUUUCAGAGAUCUGAUGGGAAUGGAGAGGAAAAUAUAGAGUCAGUAGCAUUUGGUGAGUAAGUUGGGAGGACAGAGUUAGGGGUAUCUUUAGCGUUUCUUUGUUAGGCCUUUGGAGGCCAGCUGACCUGUAUACCACAGAAGUCUCAUGGUGUGUGAUGGGGAAAUUAAGUAAGAUUCGUUCCUGCUGAUUUGUUCUGAUGGGGUAUGCGGGUGAAGGCACCUGCAAGGUGGUGGGAGGCUCAGCUCUGAAACUGGAGCAAGAUGGGGCAUAUGAGUGUAGCUUGCAUCUCUCCACCUGGUCUUUGAGGGCCUCAAAUGGAUGAAUCCACAAGAAAUCACCCGAGGAGCCUGGUGUGUGCCUCCAGAGAAUCACUUUCUGGAGAUUCUGAAGUAAUUUGUUUGGGUUGCAAUGUGGGCCUGGGGAAUUUAAAAAAAAGACAAAAACUCUCCAGGUGAGUCUAGAUGUUGAAACACUGACAUGGAGUGAGAGAAGAGAAUGGAGGCCAGAACUAUGGGGAGUACUGACAUGUAGCAGAUGGGUAGGAGAGGAUUGGAGAGAGUGUGAACUGAUAAUCAGAGGUUUGGUCCUGGCCAGUUUGGGUUAGGACUUGCCCAGAGGCCUUUAGAUUUGUUUUUACCUUUUAGGAGGUGAAACUGAAGAAAGCGGCCUGUGUACAAGGUAGAUAAUUAAUAACUACCUAAUAAUAUUAUUGUGAACAAUAGAUGAAGAAUAGAUGUAAGUGUGCUUAGCAGUGUAAGCAGACCCAUGGUAAGUGCUUUAUAACUGGGACCUGCCAUUAUUGUCAUUACCAGAUUGUCCUUGUUAUUAGUUGGUGAUUGUGUGGAUUUAGCUUGACAUGACUGCAGCCAUCUUGAGUUGUAACCACUGUGAUUACCAUGGAGUAACACUGAUCAGUGUUUCUUGCAGAAUUUUAAAACAUCAUUUGUAUGAAUGAAUGAAUGAAUGUGAUUCUUUGUGUAAGAAUCUCCCUCACUGUAGAUUCUUCUACUCAAGGAGAUUCUGAUACAUAAGCUCUGGGGAAGGCCUGGAAAUCUGGAUUUCAUAUCUGCAUGGACCCAAGGUGAUUUGCAUAGAAGGGGUCCUCAGACCAUGCAUUAAAUCUGAACAGGCCAAAGGGGAUUCUGUAUAAACCUAGCCUCAAAUCCUUUGUCCACUUUAAGGUACACAGUCAAGGUAUCUAACCUAGUGUUGAGACAUCUCAGGUGACUGAAAGGUGUCUGAGUUACUCAAAGUCAAGGAAUGUUUAGGGUGCAUUUCAGAAGUGUGAAGUUUUCAGGGAUGGUUAGUGUGGCUUUGCACCUGGAAUUCAGUUGUUUCAUGAGCUUAGCCUGUGAUCUAGGGCCCUUCUGUGGGAGUUGGGGAAUCUCCAGAAAUGCUCCUGGUCAAUCCCAGGGCAGUUUUCCCCCAGAGUCUUGGGCACUCUUGUCAGGGUUAAAGGCAUCUGGGAUCAGAGACUGUAAUUAUAUUUUACAUUCUUUUUUUCCUUGAAAAGUAUUCAGGAAGCAUAGUGAACUGGCUUGGCCUUUGCACAGCUAGGGAUACUGAGUCUGGGGAAACUCUGGCUGAUGGUCCCAGAGUGUGAAGUGCUUCAAACCCGGAAAAAGUUGAUUUGCUCCUUCUGUCAUGGCAGCACCUUCAGGCCACUGAUUUCUGGCAGUCUUUGCUCCGUUAGUGCCUAUCUGUGAUCUGAUCUCAUUUGUUCUCAACCCACUAGGUAGGGCUGGGUGACAGAACAGACCACAGGCAUUGCUGGUGAGAUGCCAGGGUGUCACCUCAAGGAGGCCAAUGAAACUUUUGCUCCGCCCUUUUCUUCUUAGGAAAUCCUGUGGGCUGAUCUUCCAAAAAGCAUAGAGCUGUUUGAUACAAGUCUUACCUUGGGCAAUGUAUCCAGCAGUUGUGCAACUCCCACUGUGGCUAGUAUAGCUUUUUAGGAGCUAAAGGCCAGGGCAGAUACCGGGGCAGGAUGCUUCAACAUCUGCAGGUCUUUUUUCCUGCUGUAUCUAUGUCUGCUGGCCAGGCCUUGCUGCCAUCUCCAGGCCCUCUGACCAAAGCUGCUGGAGCUUAGUGUGCAAGGUUAGCACGUUACCAUGCCAGCUCCAGUUAGAGCUUCUCUUUCUCUCUGGAAAGAAAUCCUGUUUCCUCUUAUGUAGCUAGCAUGCUUGUAAUAAGUUCCCCAGCAGGGUAGCUCUGCUCCAUUGCAUAGGAAAUUGGAGUGGAACUGAUCGCUUUUGGCCUCAGUUUCUUUUGGGAUAUGAUAUUGGCUUGUUUCUCAACUCCUCCACCUCUUUUGGCUAGCAUAACAUUACACCGUCACAGCACUCCAGGGCUUGGGGCUUUGUGCUUGAAGCAGCGCUGAAUUCAUGUAUGAAGAUUACCAGAUGAAGAUUUAUCUACAGCAAAGAGGAAGUUUGCAGAUUCCUUAAAUGAAUUUAAAUUUCAGUGCAUAGGAGAUGCAGAAACAGAUGACGAAAUGUGUAUAGCAAGGUCUUUGCAGGAAUUUGCUACUGUCCUCAGGAAUCUUGAAGAUGAACGGAUACGGAUGAUUGAGAAUGCCAGCGAGGUACUCAUCACUCCUUUGGAGAAGUUUCGAAAGGAGCAGAUUGGGGCUGCCAAGGAAGCCAAAAAGAAGUAUGACAAAGAGACAGAAAAGUAUUGUGGCAUCUUAGAAAAACACUUGAAUUUGUCUUCUAAAAAGAAGGAAACUCAACUUCAGGAGGCAGACAGCCAGGUAGACAUAGUCCGGCAGCACUUCUACGAAGUAUCCCUGGAGUAUGUCUUCAAGGUGCAAGAAGUACAGGAGAGGAAGAUGUUUGAGUUCGUGGAGCCUCUACUGGCCUUCCUGCAAGGGCUUUUCACCUUCUAUCACCAUGGUUAUGAACUGGCCAAGGAUUUUGGUGAUUUCAAGACACAACUGACCAUUAGCAUACAGAAUACAAGAAACCGUUUUGAAGGCACCAGGUCAGAAGUAGAAUCCCUGAUGAAGAAGAUGAAGGAGAACCCCCUGGAGCACAAGACAAUCAGCCCUUACACCAUGGAAGGGUACCUCUACGUUCAGGAGAAACGUCACUUUGGAACUUCUUGGGUGAAGCACUACUGUACAUAUCAGCGAGAUUCCAAACAAAUCACCAUGGUACCAUUUGACCAAAAGUCAGGAGGAAAAGGGGGAGAAGAUGAAUCAGUCACCCUCAAAUCCUGUACACGACGGAAAACAGACUCUAUUGAGAAGAGGUUUUGCUUUGAUGUAGAAGCAGUAGACAGGCCAGGGGUUAUCACUAUGCAGGCAUUGUCAGAAGAGGACCGGAGGCUCUGGAUGGAAGCCAUGGAUGGCCGGGAGCCUGUCUACAACUCGAACAAAGACAGUCAGAGUGAAGGGACUGCGCAGUUGGACAGCAUUGGCUUCAGCAUUAUCAAGAAGUGCAUCCAUGCUGUGGAGACCAGAGGGAUCAAUGAACAAGGACUCUACCGAAUUGUAGGGGUCAACUCCAGAGUGCAAAAGUUGCUGAGUGUUCUGAUGGAUCCCAAAACAGCUUCAGAGACGGAAACAGAUAUCUGUGCCGAAUGGGAGAUAAAGACCAUCACGAGUGCUCUAAAGACCUACCUAAGAAUGCUUCCAGGACCACUCAUGAUGUACCAGUUUCAAAGAAGUUUCAUCAAAGCAGCAAAGCUGGAGAACCAGGAAACUCGGGUCUCUGAAAUUCACAGCCUCGUUCAUCGGCUCCCAGAGAAAAAUCGGCAGAUGUUACAGCUGCUUAUGAACCACUUGGCAAAUGUUGCUAACAACCACAAGCAGAAUUUGAUGACCGUGGCAAACCUUGGUGUGGUGUUUGGACCCACCUUACUUAGGCCUCAGGAAGAAACAGUUGCAGCCAUCAUGGAUAUCAAAUUUCAGAACAUUGUCAUCGAGAUCCUAAUAGAGAACCAUGAAAAGAUAUUUAACACAGUGCCUGAUGUGCCGCUCACCAAUGCCCAGCUGCACCUGCUGCGGAAGAAGAGCAGUGACUCCAAGCCCCCGUCCUGCAGCGAGAGGCCCCUGACGCUCUUCCAUGCCGUGCAGUCCACAGAGAAACAGGAACAAAGGAACAGCAUCAUAAACUCCAGUUUGGAAUCUGUCUCAUCAAAUGCAAACAGCAUCCUUAAUUCCAGCAGCAGCUUGCAGCCCAAUAUGAACUGCAGUGACCCAGACCUGGAUGUGGUCAAACCUACCCGGCCCAACUCACUCCCCCCGAAUCCAAGCCCAACUUCACCCCUCUCGCCAUCUUGGCCCAUGUUCUCGGCACCAUCCAGCCCUAUGCCCACCUCAUCCACGUCCAGCGACUCAUCCCCCGUCAGGCCAGAAGAAGCGGUUCAUGGAGAUUCCAGCACACCAUUCCGGAAGGCAAAGGCCUUGUAUGCCUGCAAAGCUGAGCAUGAUUCGGAGCUGUCAUUCACAGCAGGGACGGUCUUUGAUAAUGUUCAUCCAUCCCAGGAGCCUGGCUGGUUGGAGGGGACUCUGAACGGAAAGACUGGCCUCAUCCCUGAGAACUACGUGGAGUUUCUCUAACCGUGAGCCUCAGCAGAACUGCUGUGCUUUACAUGGUAUCCAUGACAACUGCUGAUUCCAGUGUGUUAGCUAUUUCUCGUUGCUGCUGAGAAGUGCGAGGAGACUGACUUGGUACCUGUCAUCAUGAACGUUUCUGGGAACUCACGUCACCCAUCUCCAUGAUCAUCUCAGCUGACAUGUGGCAAUUCUGCAAGCAGAAGUCAAUCCGGACAGGAGGCCAUUUGAUUUUGAUAAUUUAGAGAAAGACUUGCAAUGCUUUCUUAGGAGACUCUUAGAUGGAAAAUGCUGAAUUUAUUUCAACAGUCAUCCAGAUCCCCAGCCUUUUGAAAAAGAAAGUAAAAUAUAAGUUGUCCCCAGGAGCACACAGUGUAACUAAGUUUGAUAGGGCAGGGCAAAAAAAAAGGCAGCAAGAUCUGGCUGGCUCCGUGGCGUUGUUUACCGCUGACAUGCUCUCUCCGCCUGCUCCUGCUACUUCAGACCCACAUUGCAGCAGGCAGCGGGGUCUGUCUGUCCACAGGCAGGCUGGGGAAGGGUUGUGGCCUUGCUUAUGUAAGAUCCAAUUUCUCACCCUCUCUGAAGCAGCCAUUGGCCUCUCAUCAGUAAAAUUCAGGCCAGCCUUUUCAUGCAAAGGAGCAAGCUCACCCAUGUCCUCCCCUCCUGAGCUAGGAACUUCUCUGAGCUGAGGGCUGCUGUUGCCUAGCAACCUUGGCAACGCUGCUUACUCUAAAAGCAAACCAAACACUUCCCCUAUCCCUUCCCUUCGUGGUAGUUUUGUGAAUGGCCUUGCAACAACCUAAAGCAGAGGAUCAGGGUAUUGGGGUGGGCUCUUUGGGGCAGACAACUUCGCUUUCUGAAUUUCAGCAGCACCAAGAUGUACGUAGAGCAAACUCUAGUAAUGCUUUGCAAUUCAGUUACAUGCAGGCUUAAUGUUUCUGUUGUCUACACAACUGGUGUUUGCUUUCUGGGGGGGGGGGGCAGAUGCCGCCUCCCAGUGGGUGACAGCAUCUGACGGUCCCCUACAUCUUCCCUUUCACUCAUUCCUGCCCCUGCCUGUUACUGACCAGCCCUAUACAGUGCUUUGGGCUCCUGAGUACUGGUGCCCUGUAAUUUUCAGGGAUGACUCUGGGGUUUCACUAUGGUCUAUUGUUUCAAAGGAUAUCUGCAUUCACUGCCACCCAGAAGAAAGGAAUUUCAGGCUUUUGAGGCAUGAGACCUUUGAGACUCAGGAAGACAGCCAAAGGUUGGGCCAGGGAGGCAGGGACAGUACCUUCCAAGAAAGGGAAUUUCCUGGUCAGUGGGCGGUGGGUCUUAAUGAAGACCACCUCUUAUGGAGAAGUUCCACCAGGACAUUUCACACUCAGCCUCCAGAGAACAAUGGCCAUAUCUCCCAUAUGUGAAUGUCUUUGCAAGAGGGACUCUGGACUCUGGACAGACAAGCUCCCCAGAAGGCCCUCGGAUAGCAGCAUCACUCCAGAGAGCGUUUCCUGUUUCUGGAAUUCCAUUAGGGGACCUUUAAUGAAGAAAAGGAAAAACUUGAAUUGUGUUGAAUUACUGUAUCUUUUACUUUACUCUUUAAGAUAAACUUGUAAAUAGAGUAAUUUGAAAUACUAUAUGGCAAAGUUUUAUAUUUGAUAUUCUUUAAGCUAGUUGCUCUACAUAUUUAGGCUUUGAUUGCUAAAGAAAUGUGUUAAGAGAAGGACACAGCCAGGUUGCAGAGUCAAGGUUGUGGUCCCCUCUCUGGGCUGCAGGAAGGACAGGGUAUUCCUGUGUGUUCCCUCUGUCCCCUCCCACUGUGGGUGUGACUGAACGAUGGUGGUCAGCCUUCUGUAUCUACAUGUGUUAUUAAGAAUUCCUUGAGCUUUGAGUUUAGAGAUGGACUAUCUUCAGGCAAUGAGAGUUACAAAGAACACUUCCUUAGUAGGAGGAUAAAGCUCAGGAUUUAAAUCAGUGGGGCCAGAGGUUUUGGGGGUGUUUUUUUUUUAGUGUUUUCUUCUCAGGUGUAUUUCUUGGUACCCCAAGAUAUCAGGACAGGACAGAAGAGAAUGGGAAAGUUGCUGUGCUCCUUGCUUCUGAGGCUUUAUAAAUGAGGUCACCGUAGUAUGCAAAUUUUGUGUGUGUGUGUGUGUGUGUGUGUGUGUGUGUGUGUGUGUAAGUUCUAAAAAAAAACAAACCAGGCUUAGGAUCUUAGUUUCCCAUGUACUUUGCUGUUGCUUCCCUGUCUGCUCCUGAUUCCCUGUGACCCCAGAAUAACAAAGAGACUCCAAGAUGGACAUAGAUUGUGCCACUCCAGUUUUAAAGAUGGCUUUAAAGUUAACAGAUUUCGUCAUUGUGUUUCACUAGUCAAUUAUUUCAAAGAGUAUAAAGUACCUGUUACCCAGGACCUCACCCAGAAGCCAGCAAGAUACUACUGUAGAAUCAGGGAGCAACAAUUAAGUGUGGACAAGAUUGUGACAGGACUCAAGAAUACUGUCAUUGAAAGACCAAGGGGAAAAAUGAAUGAACUCAUCAAAGCCAAACCUAUUCCCCUGGGACUUGGGAAUGAGAAGAAAGUGGGAAAUGGGCCUGAUACGGGUGCGUGCGCGUAGAUUAUUGUGUUUUCCAAAUUGGAAGAGCCCAGCAGAAUGCUUUGGAUACAUUUGACAUUUUAAAUUGUCACCUGCCCCGUCCUAACUGGAACUCACAUGGAGAGUCAGAGGCCAAGGCUCUUGCUUAAAUGUCCUUGCUGAAGCACACUUGUAGACACUUGACCCCGGCUUGUCUGUUUGGAAGCGUCUGCCUCCCUCCUGAGCUGGCCCUGCCUGGAAGCUGCUGCCAAGGAGAUCUUAUAGGAAAACCUCUUUUCCACUUCACUAAGACCACUCUGGGCCUGUGACAGAUGACUGCUACUUCCCUGUGUCCCUCCAGGCUUCCCUGUCUUCUGUUAGGUGGAGAAACUUCAGAAUGUGAACCACCAUGCCAGAAGGAACUUGAAGAUUAAAAAGAAAUUUUACUCUCUCCAUUGUCUAUGCCCCUACUCCUGAUUCUGUUUAAAUAGAAAACUUAAGGCAGAUUAAAGGAAUGGACUGGUAUCAGAAUAGAAAAUCAGGGCUGAGGAUUUAGCUCAGCGGCAUAAGCAAGUGCAGUCAUGAGUUCGAUCACCAGUACCAAAAAAAAAAAAAAAAACAACAGGAAACCAUUCGCCAGGGUUCCUAAGCUGGUCCUUUGUGAUGCUCAGAAAUCAGCUAUAGCUUCAUAUUUUUCACUCUUCCUUUGGAGAGACAGAGUUCCAUAGCUAAACAAUAUCAUGGCAUGAGGAGAUAGCUAGUUUCAAAUCCAUACCCCAGGCAAGUAAAAUCCUGAUAGACUAGGAAAUCUUCUUUUCAAAAUAAAUACACAAGAAUAGGUCAUGCACAAUACAACCCUUUUUGGCAUUCUAGCAUUAGAUCCAGCUUUUUAGUGUAUUCAUAAAGCAUGUAUUUUUGUGAGAGCUUUUUGGACAGCGAGACAAAAAAAAAAAAAUAAGCAACAAGAAUUGGCACAAUGAUAUUAGCGGGACAGAGCCUUUGCUAGUGGCAUGGUCAUUUCAGGCACUUGCCCAAGACUCCAGAGAUGUACGUACCAUUUCUGAGCUCGAAGAGAGAUUCUGUCGGCUGAAUCUGUCUUACGAAGUUGGUAAUCACAGUCACACUAAAAGCUCCCACAUCUUUAAAGUGUCCAAAAGCAUCUGCGACUGAGGGGGGUAAGAGAGACAGAAUGCUCAAGCCAUCCUGAUCAUCUGUUCAGGACUGCUUAUUGACACCUUAAGUCUUCUGGCUUCUGCCUCCAAAAGCAAGCCCGGCUCACCUAGCUUUACGGACAUGGGACUCCCAGGUAAACCAGGCCACCCUGGCACCCAUCAUUUGCUCUAGCAUUGUUUUAUGAGCAACCAUCCCACCCUACAGGUCGCUGGCAUUGAAGGGACCAAAGAGCCUCUUAGCUACCUGACUUUCAAAGGAAUGUCCUAGGUAUUCUGUGAGCAAUUAUGUUGACAAACCUGCCCCACAUCCCUGUAAAGUCGGCACAGUACCCUCUCACACACCCUGAGCUGGUGUUUUAAAAAUGUGUCUUAUCGCACUCAGAGUGUGUUUGGCAGCCAUGCAGAUCUGGGCGCUGAACCACUUCUCUGUAAUUGUAACAUCAGAAUGACAACAGCACAGAGCUGUGAAAUGUGCGCAGUUCUACAGCAUACCUGAGACAAAAGCCAGCGAGCAAUAAUUAGCUUUCUUCCUUUUGCUCCCUACAGUACUUGUCUAACUGAAGAACUUUCCACAGCAGAGAAUCUAGAUGUCAUUCAGAGCCAGCCUUUGCUGAAAUGUGGUCUUCUAGUGGAAGCCCUUGUAUUUAGGGGAGAAAAAGGAUCAGAUGUAACCAAACCAGAGAAAAAGAGCAAGGCAAACCAUACUGAAGAAUUUUGAAUGUUUUCAAAGGAACAAAGUAUUGUUCUUAGGAAGAAAAACUAUCAGAAAGAUUUCACACAACUAAUAUUUUUAUGAAAGCUUAGCAGGACGUUACAAAGUGAAAAUAUCUUUCAAGGUGGAUUGCUUUAGAAAGCAAAGCCUGGGCAUAGUCCUAGAUACAUAGAAAAGUAGCACUUAACCAAGUUUAUAGUUAUGUCAAAUUUUUUGCAUUAGACUGUUGAUAACCAAAAUGUCCGAGUCACUUGGAGCAACCCAGACUGGCUACAGCAGUCUGCAUCAGCCGUUUCUGUAGUCAUCAAAAGGACUACAAGCCGCUUUCUUGAGUAUUUAAAUGCCAGGAUCAACCUUGGAUCUGCAAAGAUACAUCUAAUUAUUGUAAAAUGUGUGUGUGUUUGUGUGUAUGUGUGUGUGUUCGUGCGUGCACAUAUCUACAUCUGUAAAGAUACAGACUCACAUAGAGACCCGCUCAAACUGGCAGUUGCUGAGCAUUUACAGCCUUGAUGAUUCGAAAAUUGAAAAUUUUUAAAAAAGGCUAUCAAUGGCCUACUGAAAGAUCAAAGAUGUAAAUUAAGUGCCAUUUUAAAACUGUGUUCAUAUUUAUCAAAUAGAUAUUAUCUACAGCUGUGUUCCUUAUUAACUUAUUAAAAGUCUUGUUGGAAAAAAAUCAAUCCCAUAAAUGCUUAGUAGCAAAUGCUAGGCUAGUGUUCAAAGGCACUCUAAAAUAAACAUUCUGUCCAUAUUUUGAGAAAGAAACUAUUUGCAUGUUUAAUUUAUAAUUUAGGCUACUUUGAUUAUACUGUAAAGUGCUGUGUGAUACAAUAUCAAUAAAGUACUUAUAAAAUGGCACUUUAAUGUUUUCUUUUUAAAAAUACCAUAAAUAAUGCACUGUUUUAAAACUUCAGUAUUGAAUAUUGACUGGUGCAUAGAAUCAAAUUCCAUAAUUAAAAAAAGGAGUAUCUGUGACUAGAAUAGAAUAUUUUUCCCUGUUAUUAGAGAAACAGUUUGCCAUGUUCAGGCUUUUGUAAAAAAAAAUGUGUUUUGUGUCACUGUGUACAUCUAUAAAGAAAAUACACUUUCUGCUGAAUGGCCUCUGAAACUUAGCUUUCUUACAUUUGGUUGGUUUAUGUGACAAUUCCUAUGAAAUGAGUGGAAGUAUGAUUUUUGAAUUAAAUGACUUUUCCAUUUGGUGGUA